CACAUUCAAGAUCCUCCCAGAAAACUCUACUAAUUAAUUUCCCUACACAUUUCACAUCAUAAAAUAAUCCAAAAACACAUUCCCAUAUCACCAUUUCAGCAGAAAAUAACAAAGAAGUUCAAGCCAAAGAAGGAGCAAGAAAAAAGAAGUAAUCAAUGGCUUCCACUCAAGGUUUCUUGCACUAUCAUCCACCGUCUAAAACUCCCUUAGUACCAUUGAAGGGUGUUUCAACACUCAAGCCUAACCAAUUGGUCUGUCGUGCCCAAAAAGAUCAACAAGAUAAUUAUGGCAACAGUGUUUCUGUCUCUCGUAGAUUGGCUCUCGCAGUUCUCAUUGGUGCUGCUGCUAUUGGUUCCAAAGGUUCCCCUGCUAAUGCUGCUUAUGGAGAAUCUGCCAAUGUUUUUGGGAAGCCAAAGAAAAACACCGAUUUCUUGCCCUACAAUGGAGAUGGAUUCAAGCUGCAAAUCCCAUCCAAAUGGAAUCCAAGCAAGGAAGUAGAAUACCCUGGCCAAGUUCUCAGAUUUGAAGACAACUUUGAUCCCAACAGCAAUGUCAUUGUCAUUGUUACUCCGACUGACAAGAGGUCCAUCACUGACUAUGGUUCACCAGAACAAUUCCUCUCUCAAGUGGACUUUCUGUUAGGAAAACAAGUUUACUUUGGCAAAACUGAUGCGGAGGGUGGAUUUGAAUCAGAUGCAGUGGCCACCGCAAACGUAUUGGAGACAUCAAGUGCAACAGUAGGAGGGAAGGAAUACUACUACUCGACUGUAUUGACAAGAACUGCUGAUGGAGAUGAAGGUGGAAAGCACCAGUUAAUCACAGCCACAGUAAAUGAUGGAAAACUUUACAUUUGCAAAGCACAAGCUGGUGACAAGAGAUGGUUCAAGGGAGCUAGAAAGUUUGUGGAGAAUACUGCAAGUUCUUUCAGUCUUGCAUAGAUUAAUGUAAAGAGUAUAUAUGGUGCUGAACUAAUUGAGUUGGUCAUGAAACUCUCUUGAUGCAAUCUGCAAAAUUGACGGAUAUUGUUGGAGGAAGCUAAUGUUAGUAGUUCAAUAUUUCCUUGUCACAC